UUAAACAAACCACCACCAGCAACAACAAGAGGAAAUAUGAGGAAUAUAAUUCUGACUUGUAGGACAUCUUCAUUUGCUGCCAACAUGAAUCACACCUGAGCUUUGUGUACUACAGUAUAUCGGCCAGCAAGUUCUAACAUUUCGGAGAAAUCCGGUUUCGUAGUCGAUUCUCCUGACAGAAAAAAGACGAGCUGUCGGUGGAAAGACCGACUUUGUUUCGGUGCUUGAUGCGGACAAGAAUCUCUGGGUAUUGUGGCUGAAAAUAUUGGCUGACGAAAGUCACUGGCAGUCCGGAGCACCUGCUUGUCUUCUUCCAAACGUCGAACUACAGUUAAGAUGUCGUGGAUUUGUUGCAGGAAAAGACGGCGGCCAUUGGGAGACGACAUCACCUCGGAAAGAUUGUUAUCGUCGAGCAACCGCAGUGAGUCAGCUACAAGUCAGACUGAAUGUACGCCUUCCUCUCACCUCCAUGGCACUCUGUCAGACACUCACAGCAUCCCACCUGAAGUUCAUGAGGUUGGGACAUCGACAUCGGACUUAAGUAUCGGCAUCUCUCCCAGCCUCCCAGCUUUAGUUCAUGAGGCUGAGACAUCAACAUCCGAUUUGAUCAUCCAGCAGGACGUUGCCAUUUCAGUCGAUGACAUGGAUUUCCCACAUCAGGCUGACAAUGACGACGAGACCCUCCCCAAGACAUUUGCUGGGGACCAGGAGGAAGUGGAGCAAAGUCCCUUCACAACUGGCAGGACGACACCUUUCCAGCUGCCACAGCAGGAGUCGACGGGAGGUGCAGAUGCCUUUGUGUUGGAAGAAGGAAGCCCUGGACAGGAAACUGACCAAAAAUAUCGUGCAUAUUUUUCUGAAAAUUCUGUGAUAUGCAUGGAUAGGGAGGGCGAGAUGAGUAAGCGCAUACAAGAAAAAGAAGAGCAAGUGCGCAGACUUCAGCAAGAGGUGAAAGGUCUGCAAAGACAGUUUGCUCAGUACGUCAUGAACAUCAGGGACGACUUGCGAGAGUGUGUUCGAGUUUCACUUGGCGCCCUCAACAAACAGUUGAUAGCUGAGGUGGUGAAACGCUUGUGUCAGGAACUGGGGCUGAUGUAUAUCUGCAUUCGCCCGGAUCUCGCCGUAGAAUUCACCCUUCCAGACAAUCCUGUCACAUUGCAGGCGAUAAAAGAACUCAAAGAGAAGAUUGAAAACGCUCUGAAGGCCCAACUUCCGGAACAAAUUAGAGAGGGAAUCAACUGGAACGAUCCAGUUCCGUGCACAGAGUCUGAAGCCAGUGGAAACUACGUUCAUGGCAUGCCACCCCAGAUGAGUGACCAAAGUUUUUCAGGAACCAUUCCAUCUUUGCAGUGGCCUGCCUCACGAGGUCAAGCCAGUGAUCGGGUGACACAAGAAUUCAGUUUCGUUCCACGUCAUCCCCAGGACCGGCCAGAAGACAAGCGAGUGUGGAUAAGGGCCAUCGCUAGAUUGCAAGACAGCCUCGUCUUAACCGAUGCUUUCAACAAGUUGGUGAAGAUCGUCUCUCUGGCGAGCGGAUCUCCCGAGGUCACAAGUUGCUUCCCUUUAACAGUUAAACCUUACGGAGUGACUGUCCUUAGCGACGGAGAGCUGACUAUAGCUGUGACCACAGAAAAUCAAAAAUUCAUGUUUCUGUUAAACGUACGAAGUGGAAGUGAACCAAGACGGAUACAAACGAAGAAACAAUACAGAGGUGUGGGUCCUGGGCCUAAUGGCAAUAUUGUGGUUAGCUGCGGUAAGAAUUCAAACCAGGAACCUAGCGUGGAUGUUAUCUCUCUGAAUGGAGACAUCCUCCAGACUCUGCGCACUUUCUCUGGAAAUCUUCUGUUGGAUUACCUGGCUGUUUGUAGAGACGACCUGUUCAUCUCCGACAAGAACACAAACUCGGUUUAUCGUGUUAGCAUCUCUACCGGAGAGCUGAAGGAGACGAUGACACACGAUGCUAUGCAAUGGCCGAGGCAGGUGGCUGUCGGGAAUGAUGGUAGUGUGCUGGUGGCUUGCAGCGACGGGAACCUCGUACUGAGAAACGUGGGAGGAAACUGGCGAGUCAUUUUGACAGGAAGAGAACAUGGCGAGAAUGGAAAGGUCAAAGCCACUGCCCUGGCCAUGGUGGGCACCAGUGUCGUGGUAGCUUGGGGCUGGUUUGGAGACUCUGUACUUAAACGACACGUGAAUAUUACAUAACUCAUUAUGUAAGAGUGAUCUUCAGUCUCCUAAGUGGUGCUCUGAUGAUGAGAUGACAAAACCAGAACAGAUCGUAGAAACUCACAAAAACAGAAAUCGAGCUUUGCCCCAUUCAGCCUGAGAUAUAGGCGAGGUGACAUAUAUCACUCUUCACUCAUAGACAUAACGUUUGCAAUAAGCACUUUUAUUAUCAUGAACUAAAUAAGUUAUUGUUGGAGGAAGGUAUAGUAGGAAAAAGAUUAAUUCUAUUAUUUAAUUAAGCAUGUCGAAUCAGUGUCUGAUAUGUGGCGUUUGGAGACCUGCACAUGUAAAAAGUGUAAAUAAACUUGGUGCUUUAACA